UCAAACGACUGAUAAAGAGAGAGAGAGAGAGAGAGAGAGAGAGAGAGAGAGAGAGAGAGAGAUACAGGUUGCUUAUUCAUUAGCAAUGGCGUCAUCAGCAUCUUUGCUGCUUCCAAUCCGUUGUACAUUCGGCAAAAGCGAUUCCCCCAAUUGUCAAAAAGUGUACAGAAUCAACAGCGGUGUCGGAGUACAAUCCCUAGCUUCAGAGCCUAGACGAGUAGAAGCAGUAACGGCAAAAGACGAGUGUGUUUUUACGAACCGAAGAAACCUAAUCAACCUAGGUUUGGGACUCGUAAGCUUUUUGAGUGUCUCGACUUUUGCUGAAGCAGCUGGAUUGCCCCCGGAGGAGAAACCGAAACUAUGUGACGAUUCGUGCGAGAAAGAGCUUGAAAAUAUACCUAUGAUUACUACCGAGUCGGGUUUGCAGUACAAGGAUAUUAAAGUCGGUGGAGGACCUAGUCCUCCCGUUGGAUUUCAGGUGGCUGCAAAUUAUGUUGCGAUGGUUCCGUCUGGACAAAUAUUUGAUAGUUCCCUGGAGAAAGGUCAAAUUUACAUUUUCCGGGUGGGCUCCGGUCAGGUGAUUAAGGGGUUGGAUGAAGGGAUCCUCAGCAUGAAAGUUGGUGGGAAACGCCGUAUCUACGUUCCUGGACCGCUAGCAUUUCCGAAAGGGCUGACGUCAGCACCGGGAAGGCCAAGAGUGGCUGCCAAUAGUCCGGUGAUCUUUGAUGUUAGUUUGCUGUACAUUCCGGGACUCGAGUACGAUGAGGAGUAACACUUCGUUCGUGAUUUCUUGUUUCUUUCGUCAACCUCUUUUUCGUAACACCGUGUAAUAAUUCCUAUUGAUUCAUUCUUCUCAAUUCACUUUUUGUUGCAUCACAAACUCAGAUGGAGUAUAUAUUAAUGCCAAAAGAUGAUAAUUUGCUUCUCUU